AUGAAAUCUCUGAGAAUAAAUAAUCAAUAUAUAUUAUCACGAAAAAUUGCAUCAGGAGCAUUUGGAUUUGUGAUGCUUGGUUUUGAUCAAAAAACAGGAUAAUAAGUGGCAAUUAAAAUUGAAAAACCAGAAAAUUAACAUAUCAGAUCAAUAGAAAAAGAAGUAGACAUAAUUCAGAAAUUAGAAGGGGUUUCGGGAGUGCCUUAAUUGCUUUACUCUGGCAAAGAGGAUGACUUUAAUGUUUUGGUUUUGCAGCUACUUUCUAAAGAUCUAUCCUCCUUGAUGAAACAAUAAAAGAAAUUUAGCCUCAAAACUAUUUUAUAGAUAGGGAUUAAAUUAGUUGAAGUUUUGGAAGAUAUUCAUUAAAAAGGAGUAUUACAUAGAGAUUUGAAACCAGAAAAUAUUAUGAUUGAUGAAAACAACAAGUUUUACAUUAUAGACUACGGUAUAAGUAAGACCUUUCUACGUAAAAACGGAGCGCAUUUGUAAUAUAAUAAUAUAAUUAGACCUUUCAAAGACAGAUAACCCUUUAUUGGAACCUCUAGAUAUGCUUCGAUAGCAGCUCAUAAAGGGAACGAGUUAGGAAGAAAGGACGAUUUGGAAUCUUUAAUUUACAUCUUGCUGUACUUUUAUUUAGGGUAAAAAUGAAGAUUUUCAUUGUUUCAGUAAAUUGCCAUGGCAAAACAUCAAGCAUAUUCCAAGCGACUAAAAGAUACAAAAAGUUGGUGAUAUUAAAUAAAAACAGACUACUGAUUUGUUUAAGAAUUUACCUGAAGAACUAAGAAAAAUAUACGAGUACUUUUAUAGCAUAUAUAUAAAUAUAGAUAUUUACGUAAGCUUACAUAUGUCACAUAGCCAGAUUAUAAAUCAAUUAUUAGAUUAUUUUAAUAAGCUGCUAAAAAUGCCAAGAUAACAAUUGAUUCAAUUUAUGAUUGGGAUAUCCAAAAUACUGCUUAGACAGAAAUCUAUUCUCGUUAUGGAACAAUAUAAUUUGAUGAUCACAUCUAGAUAGAUAAAUAUUAAUCUAAUUAAUUAAUGUAAUCAUUUUUACCAUUCUAUAGCAACAUUAAAUAAGAAAAUAAUAAUUAAAAUAAAAGAAGAACCUUUUGUCCAUCUCUAAUUAAAGAAACUAAUAAUUAGAAUCUCUUUUAAUUUGGAAGAGAUCAAAGUGGGCAAAGUAGUCCGAUGGUUAAUUUUGAUGGUAUCAACCAAUUAUCAAGAGACGAGAUAAGUGAAGAUACUGAAUACAUCAUUCCAGAAGAAUUCUAGCAAAAUUAAGAUUUAAGGGUCAAAACAUUGCCAGAUUAUUUGAAGAAGCCAAAAAUUAAAUAAAAACCUAAUUAAACUCUUAUUUUUGAUGAAGAUUGGCUAAUGGACUCUGACAACCAUUUGGUGGAUAAUUAUAAGAAAUUAUAAUCUUUGAGUAAUCAAAUUACUACUAUUUUUCAUAAUAAAUAAAAGUGA